CCUCCGGGCCGCCGUAGCAGCCGGCGGGGGCGGCUGUCAGGCGGUGACGGCGGGCGGGACGCGCCCAGGUUGUUGCUGCUGCCGGGACGCGGCUGGGUGCGGGCGGCGGCGGGGAGCGCGGCAGACCCGGCCCGGCCAUGGACGAGCAAGCGGGACCCGGGGUUUUCUUCAGCAACAACAACAAUAACAAUGCCUUGCUUUUGCCGCCACCGGCGGGCGGGCCAGGGCUGGAGCCGGGCGAGGCGGCGGCAGCAGCGGCUGCCGCGGCGGCAGCAGGAGCAGGAGGCGGCGCAGGGGUCUCAGCCUCCGGAGCCGCCGCACCGGUGUCGGCGUCCCGGGCUCAGUACAGCGUACCGGGCAUCCUGCAUUUCCUGCAGCACGAGUGGGGCCGCUUCGAGGCGGAGCGCGCAGAGUGGGAGGCGGAGCGGGCGGAGCUGCAGGCCCAGAUCGCCUUUCUUCAAGGUGAAAGGAAAGGACAGGAAAAUCUGAAGAAGGAUCUAGUGCGAAGGAUCAAAAUGUUGGAAUAUGCGCUUAAACAGGAAAGGGCUAAAUAUCACAAAUUAAAAUAUGGCACAGAAUUGAAUCAGGGAGAUAUGAAGCCACCAAACUAUGAUUCUGAUGAAGGGAAUGAGACAGAGAUUCAGCCACAACAGAACAGUCAGCUAAUAUGGAAACAAGGACGACAGCUGCUAAGACAAUACCUACAAGAAGUGGGCUACACCGACACGAUAUUGGAUGUGAAGUCAAAACGAGUACGAGCUUUAUUGGGACUCUCAAGUGAUGCUUCAGAGAAGGAAAACAGAAAUCAAGAGCCAAUGGUAAAUGGCACAGAGGGCCAGAUAAAGGAAAACGCAAUGAUUGGGAAACCUGAAUUGACUGACUCUGCCUCUCUGCUAGAGACCUUCAAGUUUCUUGAAAAUGCAGCUGCAGACUUUAGUGAUGAAGAAGAUGAAGACGAUAUUGAAGGAAGAGAGAAAACAAUCAUUGAUACUGCAACAAUUGUAAGGAAAAGAGUGCUAUCUGAUAGCAGUGAAGACAGAGAUACAGAAGAAGCUUUGAAAGAGUUUGACUUUUUAGUUACCUCAGAUGAAGGUGAUGGGGAAUCGAGAAGUUCAGGAGAUGGAACAGACUGGGAAAAGGAAGACCAGUGUCUCAUGCCUGAAGCUUGGAAUGUCGACCAGGGAGUAAUAACCAAACUCAAGGAACAAUACAAAAAGGAGCGCAAGGGGAAAAAGGGGGUGAAGAGAAAAACUACCGAAGAUAUGUUUCAGCCUCAAUCCUAUAUAAAACAGUCAAAACAGGGAUGUGGGAAAAUGAUGGAGCAAAGCACAGGGCCCAACAGGUCAAAGCUACAGGAUAUGCUUGCAAACUUGAGAGAUGUUGAUGAUCUCCCUUCAUUACAGCCAUCUGUUGCACCUUCUUCUAGGCCCAGUAGCUCAAGGCUCAUUGAACAUGAGAUAAACAGGACGGAUGAAGUGGAAGCUUUAACAUUCCCUCCUUCUUCAGGGAAAUCUUUUAUUAUGGGAACAGAUGAAGCCCUUGAAAAUGAGCUGGGUCUUGGAGAACUGGCAGGCCUUACAGUAGCCAAUGAGGCAGAUUCACUGACUUACGAUAUAGCAAACAAUAAGGAUGCACUGAGAAAGACUUGGAACCCCAAAUUCACAUUAAGAAGUCACUUUGAUGGAAUAAGAGGUCUCGCUUUUCAUCCGGUUGAACCAGUCUUAAUAACAGCUUCAGAGGACCAUACAUUAAAAAUGUGGAAUUUACAAAAAACAGCCCCAGCAAAAAAGAGUGCGUCUCUUGAUGUAGAGCCAAUAUAUACCUUCAGAGCACAUAAUGGACCAGUGCUCUGUGUGGUGAUGAGCAGUAAUGGAGAACAGUGUUAUAGUGGGGGAACAGAUGGCCUCAUCCAUGGCUGGAAUACAACUAACCCAAACAUUGACCCCUAUGACUCUUACGAUCCUUCUGUUCUAAGAGGUGCUUUUGUGGGCCAUACAGAUGCGGUGUGGGGUCUGGUUUACAGUGGAGCACACCAGCGUCUGCUCUCCUGUUCAGCAGACGGCACUAUACGUCUAUGGAAAGCUACAGAAAUUGCUCCAGCUCUCAAUAUAUUUAAUGAUAAUCAAGAAAUGGGAAUCCCUUCAUCAGUAGAUCUUGUGAGCAGUGACCCAAGUCUGAUGGUAGCAUCAUUUAACAGUGGACACACUUGCAUUUUUAACAUGGAGACACGGCAGCGAAUUCUUACCCUGGAGUCCAGUAUGGAUACUACAGUCAGUUCCUCAUGUCAGAUAAACAGAGUCAUCAGCCAUCCAACUCUUCCGAUUAGUAUCACUGCCCAUGAAGACAGACACAUCAAAUUCUACGACAACAAUACAGGAAAACUGAUCCACUCCAUGGUAGCUCACUUAGAUGCAGUUACAAGUUUAGCUGUUGAUCCUAAUGGCUUGUAUUUGAUGUCUGGCAGUCAUGACUGUUCGAUUCGCUUGUGGAAUCUUGAAAGCAAGACCUGCAUCCAGGAAUUUACUGCUCAUCGUAAAAAAUUUGAUGAGUCCAUUCAUGAUGUGGCAUUCCACCCCUCCAAAUGUUAUAUUGCCAGUGCAGGAGCAGAUGCCCUGGCUAAAGUGUUUGUAUGACAGAGUGCUUCCCUUUCAACUCUAGCUUUGUAUAUAUUUAACCAGCUGCACAAAAGAGAAGAGGACGGUGUGAGUCUUCUUACCCUGCCCUGUAAUUCAGAGAAUGUUUGUAAGUGUUUAGUUUUGCAGGGUGCUGUUUUCUAAACUGAAGUUUGUUCUGGUUUCUGUGAGCUCAGCUGGUGCUGAGAGCUUGGAAACUCUCAGUUUCAACUACUUAAAAAUCAAAAGAAAUGCUUUUAUUUCAGAGGGUGUGAAUUUUCGUCCAGGCAGGCCUUGGGUGAAACUAGGUCUAUGUAUUAUCUUAUUAAUAAAAUGGAGUACUGGAAAAAAGGGGUCUAAUUGCAUCAGGGAGUAGGAAAAGAGGGAAACUUCCUAGGAUGCUGCUCAUUGAGGAAUCUUAAUGUACUUAAAUCACCUGGAAAAAGUGUCAUUUCACAUGCUCAUUUCUGUGUCAUGUGAGAGGCACUUUGUCAUCCCUUUGGUAUUAAUAAAGUAGAUGUUGUUCAGACACCAGUAAUGGAUAGUUAAUCUCAGCCACGUGGCUGCUAGCCUAAGAUAAAUGCAGUUAAAGGAAAGCAAAUUACUAACAUAAAUUAAAAUGCAGUAACGUUUCUGUUGCAUCUACUGUGUUAUACAGGAAUUAUUUAGUUUGCAAAAAAAAAUAUAUAUUUU